AGAAAGAAAUCGGAGUAUAGUAUAUGAUGAUGAUGAUGCUAAUAAUCAUCAAGAGAUAUAUGCUACCAGCCACUCUCUCAAACCUGUCUCACCAACUCACAUCUAGAAGAAAUUACCCCCUCCCCCCCCACCCCAACCCCACAUAUAGAGUCAAAACCCUGUAUCUAUAUGUGUGUAAGAGUGUGUGUCUCUAUAUAUACACACACACACAACUCCCCAUCAAGUCCAUGAAGGGGCUGCUGCUGAUCUUCAAGAUUCAAGAAUCACCAAAACCUACACUCCCUUUCCCACCAUCAAACUCCACCCAAAUCCAUCUCAUCUUCCAAAAACAAUCCUAAAAAAUAAAACACACAACAAUAUCAUUCUUUCUUCUCCCUUUCCCUCAAAUAAUUUUAAAAUAAAAAAUAAAAAAUAAAAAAUGGGACGAUCUCCCUGCUGUGAGAAAGCUCACACUAACAAAGGCGCAUGGACUAAGGAGGAGGACGACCGGCUGAUCGCCUACAUCCGCGCCCACGGGGAGGGCUGCUGGCGCUCCCUCCCCAAGGCCGCCGGCCUCCUCCGCUGCGGCAAGAGCUGCCGCCUCCGCUGGAUCAACUACCUCCGCCCCGACCUCAAGCGCGGCAACUUCACCGAGGACGAAGACGAGCUCAUCAUCAAACUCCACAGCCUCUUAGGCAACAAGUGGUCGCUUAUAGCGGGAAGAUUGCCGGGAAGGACAGACAACGAGAUCAAGAACUAUUGGAACACGCAUAUACGGCGGAAGCUUCUGAGCCGCGGCAUCGACCCGGCAACUCACCGGGCGGUGAACGAGCCGCCGGAGGCGAAGACGAUCUCGUUCUCGCCUAAGGAGGAAGCGGUGAUGAGAGAGAGGGAGUGCAGCCCGCCGCCGGUGAAGAGAGAGAAGUGCCCGGAUUUGAAUCUUGAGCUCAGAAUCAGCCCGCCGUAUCAGCAGAAUAUUCAGACUGAGAGUGGUACGUUGUGCUUCGCGUGUAGUACCAUGGGGAUUCACAAGACCAAAGAUUGCAGCUGCGGCACUGAUAAUAAUAAUAAUAUUAAUAUUAAUAUUAAUGGCAGCAGCAGUUAUAAUUCUGGGUAUGAUUUUCUGGGCUUGAAAGGCUGGAGUUUUAGAUUAUAGGAGUUUGGAGAUGAAAUGACGUGGCACAAAUUUUUUCGUUUUUUUUUUUUUUUUGGAAAGGUACGUGGCACAAAUAUUUGAUCUGGGAUAAAUUUAGUGUUUUUUUUUUUGGGAUGUGUAAGAAUUAAGAUUAAUUCAUGAAAUAUAGUAGAAAUUAAUUUUGAUGAGAGAGAGAGAGGUGGUGUUAAUUGGUAUAUUAGUUGGGAUUAUUCUUCUCUGAAAUUUCUCUUCAAUAUUGUACAAGUCAUAUUUUUAUCACAUGAUUAACAUUAAUAUAGUAGAGUAUGACAAAUUAUUUAUUCAAA